CUAGAGAAGUCAGUCACGUGGUUUUCCAUCAAAACAGUCAUUGUUGGGAGGUCAGCCAGGAGAGUCAUUCUCUCUCUAUGGCAUUAUUCAGAGUAAGCCGCUAGCGAGCUGCGAGUUGUUGUUUGUUGUCCAGCCAGCUAUAUGGGCCAGCAGUGGCUGAUCUCCUCUCCAUGGCCUGUCAUCCCUCCGGCUCUGGCUCCUACACUGUGGUCAUCAUCCCACUCAGGACCAGCCUCUAUAGUCUGGAUGCACUUCGCUUCUACCUAUGGAUUAACCGCCUGAAGGAUCUAGAGAAGGAGAAGGACGCUCUAUGGUCUGGCUUGGAGAUUCUGGAGAAGGCUCGCCUCUGGUACCUCCAGCGGCUGGACGAGAACAGGGCCCGGCAGGAUAACAUCGAGACCAAAAGUGGGUUUGGCUGCUGCCAGGAAGGUGCAGCUGAGGCUCGGGCCUGCCUCCUCAGGUCUCGUAUCCAGCGGGUAAAUGGCUCUCUGGGCUCUGUGAUGAGUGAGCCCAACGUCAUGAGCAGCAGCAACCCCUCUCUGCCUGAAACAGUGGCAGACAGCGACCUCCGGUGGCACAACUCAGUGCUGACUCAGGCGGUGAGUGACAGAAAUCGUCAGAUUUCUGUGUUAGAACUGGAAAAAGACGCUCUCCUCGAACAGCUCGACGAACUGCAGGCCCACUGACUGCCAGCAUAUGUGCACAUAAAUACACACGUGCUGCACUGCAAACUCGCACUUUGCUGAACAUCACAUAGUUGAUUAUUU